GCAGGAUGCGCGCGCACCUCCGGUCUGCUGCCCUGCAAUGACGAGAUAAGAAUUAUCGUUUGUCUUCUUGGGGAUUCCACGCGGUUGUCCACGAAGCCCACGACUGCCUCCCAGGUGUUUAUCUCCCUCUCAGGUUUUCUAGAAGGAUCUAUGACACACCAUCAUCAUUGGUGCCUAUGAAGACUUGGAACAUUCUAGAAUGAUAUAAUUGGAACACAUUAAAAGUAUCUAAUUGGAACAUUCUCCAAAGGUCUAAUUGGAACAUCAAAGAAGGAUCUCAAUUGAACAUUCUGCAAGGAUCUAAUUGGAACAUUUUAUAAGGAUCUAUUUGGAACAUUCUAUAAGGAUCUAAUUGGAACAUUCUGCAAGGAACUAAGUGGAUCAUUCUAGAAUUACUCAAUUGGAACACAUUAGAAGGAUCUCAUUGGAACAUUGUAGAAAGAUCUCAAUGGAGCAGAUUAAAAGGAUCUAAUUGGAACAUUCUAGAAGGAUCUCAUUGGAACAUUCUAGAAGGAUCGCAUUGGAACUUUCUAGAAGGAUCGCAUUGGAACUUUCUAGAAGGAUUGCAUUGGAACAUUCUAGAAGGACCGCAUUGGAAUAUUCUAGAAGGAUCGCAUUUGAACAUUCUGCAAGGAUCUAAUUGGAAUGUUCUGCAAGGAUCUAAUGGGAACAUUCUAGAAGGAUACAAUUGAAACAUUCUAGAAGGAUCUAAUUGGACAAUUCUAGAAGGAUCUAAGUGGAACAUCCUGCAAGGAUCUAAGUGGAACAUCCUGCAAGCAUCUAAUUGGAACAUUCUAAAAUAAUCUAUUGGAACAUUCUGCUAGGAUCUCAUUGGAACAUUCUAGAAGGAUAUCAUUGGAACAUUCUGCUAGGAUCUCAUUGGAACAUUCUAGAAGGAUAUCAUUGGAACAUUCUGCUAGGAUCUCAUUGGAACAUUCUAGAAGGAUCUCAUUGGAACAUUCCAGAAGGAUCUCAUUGGAACAUUCUAGAAGGAUAUCAUUGGAACAUUCUGCUAGGAUCUCAUUGGAACAUUCUAGAAGGAUCUCAUUGGAACAUUCCAGAAGGAUCUCAUUGGAACAUUCUGCUAGGAUCUCAGUGGAACAUUCUAGAAGGAUCUAAUUGGAACAUUCUAGAAGGAUCUCAUUGGAACAUUCUAGAAGGAUCUCAUUGAAACACAGGUGCUUAUGAAGACUUGGAACCAUGGAAAGUUGUGCUGAUGUUUCUUCCAAACAAAAACUGCAGUCUAAGGUGGAAGACACAGAAGUUUCUGGAAAAGAAGAACCGGUUGUGGAAACCAGUAAGCGUGAUGAGUCUUGUUCAGCCGAGAAAAACAAAGAAGUUCUGCUGGAGGCGCCCGGACCCCCGGCGGUCCCUCUUCCAUCCGCCGACCCCCCAGGGGGUGUGGCUCUAAAGAUGGCCGCCACUCUUCUGCAUCCCGUGUGCCUGAGCGAGAACCCUCUGAUGCUGCCCAUUCAGCUCCAGAUGGCUGCCGGGCCUCAGCUGGGUCCGAUGGGUGCGGCGCCGUACUUGCUGACGGGAACCAACCCGGUCUCUGUGCUCCUGGACCAGCAGGUGAUCCAGCACAUGAGUCCUGCCGUGAUCUCCCAGAACAACAUCUUGUGUCAGAAUCCGUUAUCUUUCAGCCUGCCUGCUGCUGUGGACCAGAAGUCCGCCGGGCCCACGCAGGACCCCAACCUGCUGUCCCUCCUCCAGAACCCGGCUUUCACUGCCAUCCUGCAGGACCUCUUCCCCCCCCAAACACCUUCAUCCACCUGCCACUCAUCAGGCUCCUCCUUCUUCCCCUUCCCUCCCCUCACACCCCCUUACUCCUCCCCUCUGGCCCCACUAGUGCCGCCUGCCACCCUUCUGGUUCCGUACCCGGUCAUCAUUCCUCUGCCUGUACCACUGCCCAUCCCGCUGCCCGUUCCUGUCCCUCAGACCCCGGUGGACUCUAAGACCCACCUGCCCAAAGCCGUUUGUACGGAGAGUAAAAGCACUCAGACGCCCAGGGACUUAAACCCUCAACCCUCAAGCGGGCAGGUCCUGGACUUGUCCAUGCGAGCCUGUCCCGUAGAACCCAAACAGGAAUACUUUGGUCCGCAGCAGCAGGACGGCGUGCUGGACUUGUCGGUACCUGCUGCCAGGAAGGCCGGCGGGUCCGCGGAGCGCGCCAACGCCGGUCUGGACUCCAGGCUGCUGGGGGGUCUGACCUCACUGGAGUUCAGCCGGCAGCACAAGUGGAUGGUGGACGGCGGCGCCGGGGGGUCCGCCUCUCUGGGCCACGGGACGGCCAACCUGGAGAUGGUCAGCGCCUCGCAGACCGCCAAGGUCAUCGUCGCCGUCAAGGACGCCAUCCCCGCCAUCCUCUGCGGGAAGAUCAAGAGUCUCUCCGGCGUGUCCACCAAGAACUUCUCCAUCCAGCCCGACCAGCAGCUCUUUGGACCUCAGGGGGACGCCGGCCGCCACCUGAAGAAGACCUCCAAGAACCGGGCCAUCAAGCUGAAGAAGGUGAGCUCGCAGGAGAUCCACUUCCUGCCCAUCAAGAAGCAGAGACUCGCCGCACUUUUCCCCAGGAAGUGAAAAACUCUGUUAGCAUGUUAGCAUGCUAACUCCUUUUUACCACCUGGAACACUUUUCUACUCAAACUCUUCAUUUCAAGUAAGUGUGUGUGUGUGUGUGUGUGUGUGUGUGUGUGUGUGUGUGUGUGUGUGUGUGUGUGUGUGUGUGUGUGUGUGUGUGUGUGUGUGUGUGUGUGUGUGUGUGUGUGUGUGUGUGUGUGUGUGUGUGUGUGUGAACAUUCUCCCGUGCACUUUGUGGUAGUUUAGCUCAAGAAAAAUUAAGAAAAAAAGUUGACCGGGUGUUGUUGAUGUGAAGAAGAAAUGAAAUCCAUCCAUGGUGUGAAUGAAAUAUGUAUCAUUAUUAUUGUUAUUAUUAUUAUUGUUAUUAUUAUUAUUGUUAUUGUUAUUAUUAUUAUUGUUAUUAUUAUUAUUAGUAUUAUUAUUAUUGUUAUGAUUAUGAUUGUUAUUAUUAUGAUGAUGAUGAUGAGUAUUAGUUACUGUUAUUGUGAUUAUUAUUGUUUUGAUUAUUAUUAUUAAUAUUAUUAUUAUUAUUAUUAUUCAUACUAAUCAUAACAAUAAUCAUAAUCACAAUGUUAAUAAUAAUCAUAAUAAAAAAAUAAUAAUGAUAACAAUAAUAAUCAUGAUAAUAAUCAUCAAAUUAUGAUAAUGAUCAUGAAUAUUAUGAUGACGAUGUUUUUUACGUACUUGUAACAACUAAUUUAUUGUGAGGUCAAAUAUUUAUUUAUACACUAAA